GGAAAACACUCAUAAUCUUGGCGCCUCGAACACUUUGUAGUUUGUAUCGUUUCGAAGGGCUUCUCCCAAUUUCCCCAAACCGCGCUCCUCUUCAGUCCUCACACGGUACACAAUGAACCCUAGACCCAUCGUCAAGCUUUCUCACUUCCUUAAUUCUGGGAACAAGCUCUUCCAGCGUGGCAUUUCUACUGCCAGACAAAGUUAUGGCGCUGAAGGAGGGAGAAAUUCUGGGCGUAUAUUUGCAGACUAUGCAAUUUUUAAAGGCAAAGCAGCACUUUCUGUUGCCCCUGUUCUUCCUAGUUUUAGUAAAACGGAUUCUGGUUAUACAAAAGUAGAUCGGCGAGGUGUGAUUAUGCUGACAUUCCGGCCUGCUAUUGGUGAGCGCAAAUAUGAUUCAGAAAAGAAACAGUUGUUUGCAUUGUCAGUGACAGAAGUUGGAUCAUUCAUAAGUUUAGGUCCAGGAGAUUCUUGUGAAUUCUUCCAUGAUCCAUUAAUGCAAUCAAGGGAUGCAGGUCAAGUGAGGAAAAGCUUAUCAAUUAAGCCACACACGGAUGGUUAUUUCAUUUCUCUAACUGUAGCAAACAAUAUCUUGAAAACUAACGAACGAUUAACAGUUCCUGUAAGUACAGCUGAGUUUGCAGUUAUGCGUGCGGCUUUCAGUUUUGCUUUGCCACAUAUCAUGGGAUGGGCGCAUAGCACCAACCAGGUCUUGGAUGAUAAUAAUGUUGGCAGAGAUUCUUUGAAGGUGCAUCCACAAGCAUCAUCAUCAUCAUCAGAAUGGGAUAGGUGAAGUUAUGCUAUGUAUGUGGGUACAACUGUUAAAUAUAAGACUAGAAUAUUCUGUUUCUUCAGUAUCAACUAUCAACUAUCAACUAUCUAUGGUAUGAGUUAUGACCUAGACUAGAGAAGGGUCAUCCUACAUUUAUUAUGUGGUUCCUUGAAUUGUUAAUCUUCACUAUUAGGAUGAUUGGCAUUUCUUCUUGUCUUUA